CGCAAUAGAUAAAGAUAUAUAUUAAAUGGAUUCUUUACCUUACUGUUAAGGAGGAUUUUCGGUCUACCUGGGUCACGAUAACCCCAGUAAGGACCCCCCGCAAAAUAUCUCGCUGUGACCACAUUCAUAAAUUUUCAUUUAUCGGAGAUAUUCAAACUUGAAUUCGCUGCAGUCAGAGUGUACUAAGAUGCGUUAAUCCCAGCCGCUUCUAGCAUUUUUUUCACAUACGCUUCAAAUCAGAUUUGUAUUCAACCGAAUGCUACUGUCAUUUGUUGAAACGUAACCUCACAAAGUGGUGCAACGAAGCAAUCAUUCCAUGUACAAAGGAUUUAAUCGUUUCAAUUGUACUUGUUGGAUUUGUAUUGAAAUACAACUUAAAACGGUUCUACGCAAACACAUUAAUGUAUAGUGAUAUAAUUGAUUAAAAAUGCCUGAAUUACCACGUAUUACAAGAUCAUUACGAACCUUCACAAAUCUUGGGCGUAUCAAAAGUACAACAAAUUUAAAACCAAAUGAUAUACUUAGGAAGCAGAAGGAACAAAAUAGUAAACUAAAAAGGUAUUUUUUAAUUUUAAUAUUUCCUNUAUCAUUUAUUCCAAAAUUUGAUUAUAAACCUGCAAAAGUAUUAUGGCCAAAUACAGAUGCACUUCGUAGUAUGUCUUUAAAAAAUAUAAAUCAGACCACAAAUAACUUUACAAUGAAGUAUAACAACGACACUAUGCAAUUAUGCAAAACUCAAUUUGAUAAAACGACAUAUAAGCAAUAUUUGGAAUUAUGUUAUACAAAGUAUGCUGAAAGUAUGUCUUUGGAGAACUUUACUGAAAUGAUAAAUUCAAAGUUGGAUAGUAAGAGUAUGCAAAAUGAAUUACUCGAUUUCCUUGGUUAUGAACAAUUAGAAUUUAUUGAGUAUAUUAUUCAACAUCGACAAAGUAUUUUGGCUUUAACUUUUGCUCCUAGUCCAUGUUUUCGUUCUGUUCCUAAAGCACAAAAACAAUGUGACUUACAAAGACCAGUAAUUACUGGUCAAGUAACAGUACAGUCUGAAAAAGAAAAACAUUUAUUAAAACAAGUUAGAAAAGAGGAAAAAAAAUCAAAUAAAAUCUCGAGCAAACGCGAAGGAAAUGACGUUGAAUCAUAUGCUCUAUAUGCCAAAAAGCAAGAAGCAUUAAAAGAAUCACACACACCAAUAUUCAAAAAAGACACUGUUUCUAGAAAGGAAAAUUAUCCAUUUGUAUUUAAAUCGGAUGAAAGUAAUAGGUCUGCAGUUAAUUUAUUAGGUUACAAAAUAAUGCUACCGGAAAAUAUUGUGAAGACUGAUACACGAAUAUAUGAGGAAAUUAAUAUACCUAUUCCAGAAUCCCAACUCAACUUUGAAAAUGAAAUUAGUUAUAAACCUAUUAUGAUAUCCACAUUAGAUAACAUCGGACAAAUGGCUUUCAGAGAAAUUGAAAGUUUAAAUCGAAUACAAAGUAUAGUGUUUAAUGCAGCUUAUCAUACCAAUGAAAAUUUAUUAAUUUGUGCACCUACAGGUGCUGGAAAGACUAAUGUUGCUAUGUUAACUGUUAUACAUCAAUUAAAACAGCAUAUUGAAGAUGGUCAGAUAAUGAAAAAUCAAUUCAAAAUAAUUUAUAUAACACCUAUGAAAGCUUUAGCAGCAGAAAUGACAACAAAUUUUGGUAAAAGACUCGAAUGUCUUGGCAUAUCUGUUCGAGAACUAACUGGAGAUAUGCAUUUAACAAAAUCAGAAAUUCAACAAACGCAGAUGAUUGUCACUACUCCAGAAAAAUGGGAUGUUUUAACCAGAAAGGGUAGUGGAGAUAUUUCUUUUACAAGCAUAGUGAAAUUAUUAAUUAUUGAUGAGGUACAUUUAUUACAUGGUGAUAGAGGUCCUGUAGUUGAAGCAUUGGUUGCUCGAACUUUACGACAAGUGUUAUCUUCACAAAGUAUGAUUAGAAUUGUUGGACUAUCAGCAACUCUGCCAAAUUACUUAGAUGUUGCAAAAUUUUUAAGAGUGAGUCCGCGUGCAGGACUUUUUUAUUUUGAUCAUCGCUUUCGCCCAGUGCCACUUAGUCAAACAUUUAUUGGUGUAAAAGCAACUGCACCCUUACAAUGCUCGAAUGAUAUGGAUCAUAUAUGUUAUGAUAAAGUUGUGGAAAUGGUACGUGAAGGACAUCAAGUUAUGGUUUUUGUACAUGCACGUAACGCUACAGUUAAAGUGGCGAAUGCAUUAAAAGAUUUAGCUAUACAAAAUGAGACGUUGAAACUAUUUAUACCCAAAGGUCAUGAAAAAUUUGUGGGCAAAGCUUUUUCUAAAUCACGUAACAAACAUUUAAUAGAAUUAUUUAAUAAUGGAUUGUCAGUGCAUCAUGCUGGUUUAUUACGUACAGAGCGAAAUUUAGUUGAAAAAUAUUUUUCUAAAGGAUUAAUUAAGGUCUUGGUUUGCACUGCGACAUUAGCUUGGGGUGUGAAUUUACCUGCGCAUGCAGUUAUUAUAAGAGGAACAGAAAUAUAUGAUUCAACACGUGGUUCAUUUAUGGAUUUAGAUAUAUUAGAUGUUCUUCAAAUUUUUGGACGUGCUGGUAGACCACAGUUUGACAGUACAGGACACGCUACAAUCAUUACUUCUCACAAUAAACUAUAUCAUUAUUUAUCGUUAUUAACGAAUCAAAUACCUAUCGAAAGCAAUUUCAUUAAAUAUUUAGAAGAUAAUUUAAAUGCUGAAAUUUCAUUGGGCACAAUAUCAAAUGUAGAAGAAGCCAUAAAUUGGCUGAGCUUUACUUAUUUAUUUGUCCGAAUGAAAUUAAAUUAUCACGUUUAUGGAAUCCCUUAUAAAGUUAUGUCGGAAGAUCCAAAUCUAGAGCGAAAGAGAAAAGAAUUAAUUCAAGUAGCAGCUCAAUUACUAGAUAAAGCAAAAAUGAUUCGAUACAAUGUAGAUACUGGAGACCUUAAUACAACAGACCUUGGACGUAUAGCAAGUCACUUUUAUCUUAAAUAUCAUACAGUUGAAAUUUUCAAUGAACUGAUGAAACCGAUUAUGAAUGAAGCAGAAAUACUUGCAAUGAUAUCAAAAUCACAAGAGUUUGAGCAAUUAAAGGUGCGAGAUGAUGAGAUUAAUGAACUGCAAUACAUGUCUGAAAAUUAUUGUGAACUUGUACCACAAGGUGGUGUAGAAAAUAUUCAUGGUAAGGUGAAUAUUCUGUUGCAAACAUACUUAUCACGUGGUCGAAUUACUUCAUUUUCACUGAUGUCUGAUCAAGCGUAUAUUACACAAAAUGCAGUACGCAUAUGUAGAGCAUUAUUUAAAAUUAUGUUAAGAAAAAGUAAUGCAUUAAUGGCUGGACGUUUACUAGAAAUAGUAAAAAUGUUUGAAUUACAACAAUGGAAUAUAACGAGUCCUUUACGCCAAUUUUCUUGUUUGACUGCUGAAAUGAUUGAUAAAAUAGAACAACGUGAAUUAACAAUUGAUAGAUUAAAUGAUAUGAGUGUCAAAGAAAUUGGAGAUAUUUUACGUAAUCCGAAACAAGCAACAUUAGUAAAGGAAUGUUGUAAAGAACUACCUAUGUUAGAAAUGGAGGCCACUGUACAGCCAAUUACCCGUACAAUUUUAAGAAUACGGCUGAAAAUAUAUCCUCAGUUUCGGUGGAAUGAUAGAGUACAUGGCAAAACAGCAGAACAUUUUUGGAUAUGGGUAGAAGACUCAAAUACUAAUGAUCUUUAUCAUCACGAAGACUUUAUGUUGACUAAAAAAAUGGUUUGCAACAAUUUGGAACAAGAACUUGUUAUGACUAUACCAUUGCAUGAACCACAGUCUGCUCAAUACAUAGUGAAAGCAACAAGCGAUCGCUGGUUGAGUUGUGAAAGUAUGACACCCCUUAACUUUCAUAAUUUAAUAUUACCUGACAUAUUUCCACCUCACACUGACUUAUUGGAGUUACAACCUUUAUCAGUGGAAACAUUGAAAGAACCAACAUUUAGAAGACUCUAUAAAUUUACUCAUUUCAAUCCUAUUCAGACCCAAAUUUUUCAUUGUUUGUACCACACUGAUAAUAAUGUACUUUUGGGUGCUCCAACUGGUUCAGGAAAAACGAUUGUAGCUGAAAUAGCUAUGUUUCGAGUAUUCAAACAAUAUCCUACGCAGAAAGUUGUGUAUAUUGCACCUUUGAAAGCUUUGGUACAAGAACGAAUAAAGGAUUGGAAAAUUCGAUUAGAAAAUUCACUUGGAAAGAAAGUAGUAGAGUUAACUGGAGACGUAUCACCGGAUAUUAAAGCUAUAGCUAGUGCAAACGUUAUUGUAACUACACCAGAAAAAUGGGAUGGCAUUAGCAGAAGUUGGCAGACAAGAACUUAUGUGAAAAAUGUUGCGCUUAUAAUCAUUGAUGAAAUUCACCUUUUAGGAGAAGAUCGGGGUCCUGUAUUAGAAGUCAUUGUUUCAAGAACUAACUUUAUUUCUUCUCACACAAAGAGAAAACUUAGAAUUGUUGGACUAUCUACAGCAUUAGCUAAUGCUGUGGAUCUAGCUAAUUGGUUAGGUAUUCGAGAAAUGGGAAUGUAUAAUUUCCGCUCAUCUGUACGGCCUGUACCAUUAGAAAUUCAUAUAAAUGGUUUCCCUGGGAAACAUUAUUGUCCACGAAUGGCAACAAUGAAUAGACCAACAUUUCAAGCGAUCAAGCAACAUUCACCAUCAAGUCCAGCUCUUAUAUUUGUUUCAUCGCGUAGACAAACACGAUUAACUGCAAUGGGUUUAAUCGCUUAUCUAGCAGCAGAAGAAAAUCCGAAACAAUGGUUGCACAUGCCAGAAGAAGAAAUUGAUAAUAUAUCACAUCAUGUACAAGAUUCAAGUUUGAAACUUUCACUUGCUUUUGGAAUUGGUCUUCACCAUGCUGGUCUUCAGGAUAAAGAUAAAAAAACUGUAGAAGAACUAUUCGUUAAUAAUAGAAUUCAGGUGUUAAUUGCUACAGCUACUUUGGCGUGGGGAGUAAAUUUUCCUGCUCACUUGGUAGUAAUAAAGGGAACAGAAUACUUCGAUGGUAAAGUAAAACGUUACGUGGAUAUGCCAAUUACAGAUGUACUUCAGAUGAUGGGUCGGGCAGGGCGACCUCAAUUUGAUAAUUCUGGAGUAGCAGUUGUUUUAGUACAUGAUUUGAAGAAAAACUUUUAUAAAAAUUUCUUACACGAGCCGUUUCCAGUUGAAUCGAGUUUAUUGGCAGUACUACCAGAUCAUAUAAAUGCAGAAAUUGUGGCUGGUACAAUAAAAAAUAAACAAGAAUUUUUAGAUUAUUUAACAUGGACUUACUUUUUUAGAAGAUUAAUAAAAAAUCCUGUGUACUAUAACUUGAGUACUCUAGAACCUCAUACAAUUAAUGAAUACUUAUCUUCUUUGGUCGAUAGAACAAUAAAAGUGUUGAUGGAUUCACAUUGCAUUGAUUUUGAUGAGGAUGGACAAACUAUAUUUCCACUGUCAAUGGGUAAAAUAGCAUCAUUUUAUUACUUAUCGCAUCAUACAAUGUUGAUGUUUGAACAAUCAUUGAAUAGUUCUCUAACGCUUGAAGAGUCUUUACAAAUUUUAUCUAAUUCUUAUGAGUAUAGUGAAUUACCUGUAAGACACAAUGAAGAAUUAUUAAACGAGAACCUAAGUAAAAUGUGUCGUUACACAGUAGACAACUACUCGUACGAUUCUCCAAAUACUAAAGCUUUCAUAUUACUUCAAGCACACUUUUCACGGCUUCCACUACCAUGUGUAGAUUAUAGUACUGAUUUAAAAUUAGUUCUUGACCAAGCAAUUAGAAUUAUUCAGGCUAUGAUAGAUACCGUAGCAGAUCAUGGCUGGCUUAUAUCUACACUCGUUAGUAUACAGUUGCUUCAAAUGAUUAUUCAAGCUCGAUGGAUAGAUGAAUCUGCCAUAACUACAUUACCUCAUAUAAAUUCAGAAGAUGUACAAUUAUUUUCAUCUUUGUCCACAAUUCUUCCUUUAUUAUGUAAUAUUGUAUAUAGUAAACAGAAUUUGCUUGUAGAAACAUUAAGUGAAAGGUUUCAAAAAAAUGAAGUACAAGAGAUAUGUCAGGUGAUAAAAGAAAUGCCAAUACUUUGUAUUGAUGCAAGCUUGGAAGGUCAUUGGUCUGAUGGUACUAAACAAAAAUCUGUUAUAUUGAAGACAGCAAGUACUACUAGUAUUGAUGUACAUAAAGAUCAGAUCUAUAUACUGAACAUUGGAAUGAAACGAAGAAAUAGAUCUAAUAAUUUAAGAGUGCAUUGCCCUAUGUUCCAAAAAGGAAAGGACGAGGGCUGGUUUUUGGUGUUAGGCAAUACUUCUGAUAAAGAAUUAUGGGCACUAAAACGAAUAAGUGGAAUAAGAGAUCAACGAAAAUGUCAACAAUUACAGUUUACGACACCAUCAAAAUUAGGUUGUACAGCAAUUACGUUGUAUUUGAUGUCCGAUUCUUACAUAGGAUUGGAUCAACAAUAUACUAUACAAAUAAACAUUAUAUCUUAAUUUAA